GUUCCCCAAAUGCGCGAGGCUUUGCUUGCGCGUUUUCUCCAGCCUAGGCCAGAGAAAGAUGGCGGCGCCCGUCCUCCGAGUGUCCACCCCUCGGUGGGAGAGAAUAGCCCGGCUGCUCGUCUGCCUCCUGGGCGUCGUGUUGUCCCUGUACGCGUUCCACGUCGAGAGGGAGAAAGCCAGGGACUCGAACUACCGGGCGUUGUGCGACGUCAGCAAGUCCGUCAGCUGUUCGAAAGUCUUCUCCUCCAGGUGGGGUCGAGGAUUUGGACUCUUGGGCUCAAUUUUUGGAAAUGACAGUGCACUGAACCAGCCAAACAGUGUCUAUGGGAUUUUCUUUUACGCCUUUCAGCUCUUACUGGGAAUGACCGUCAGCGCGAUGGCGGCCCUUUUCCUCAUGACGACGUCCAUCCUGUCGGUGGUGGGCUCGCUCUACCUGGGCUACAUCCUCUACUUUGUCCUGAAGGACUUCUGCAUCAUCUGCAUCACCACAUACGGGCUGAACUUCAUCCUCUUUAUCCUCAACUACAAGCGGCUAGUUUACUUGAACGAGGCCUGGAAGCAGCAGCUCCAAGCCAAACAGGACUAAGUCGCGGAGGCGGCAAGGAAAACGCUAAAUAAAACCAACAACAACAAAAAAAAAGAAGUAACAUGACCUCUGAACAUUUUGACUCGCCACCAGGAAACCUUGCUUUCAAACAAUGUUUAUUCUGCUGUGUUUAAAAAAAACAACAACUAAAAGGUUAACUUAAACUUGCUGGCCCGGCGUCUCGCUGUUGGUUGCAAAACAUGGAAGGAUUUAUUAGUGAAAAGGGUUUUUAUUUUGUUUUGUUUUGUUUUUUUUGUUUUUUUAACAUUCUGCUCACU